AUGAAGACUUUAACUGUUCUGCUAUUAGUAGGCUUUUGUGCUAAUUGCUUCGGUUAUUUAAUUAAAGUACCGACAUUACCUACAAAGCCGCGAAUUGCACCGUUGGGAUGGGUUCACAUCCAAAAGUUAAUGCUGCCGUUGUUUGAGAACGUUUGUGAGGAGAGCGCUGAUCCACAAAUAGUGAAAAUUAGCAAUGAGUUUAAUUUCGAAGCAACAGAUUACUUGAAACCAGAUGUAAUAGAUAAGUACCAAAACUUAAAAUCAAGUAGAGGUCUUCUGGCUAAAGGCGAAAUAUUCACAGAAACAAAUGAAGAUAAUUUCAACGAGUUCCGAGUUAUAUAUGAACUGUUAUAUAAUGCAAAGGACUUUGAUACGUUCUACAGAGCAGCGUGUUGGGCCCGACAGAAUGUUAACUGCGGUGUAUUUAUCGACGCCAUUUACCUUGCAAUCAUUACUAGAAAAGAUACGGAGAGGGUAUCCGUGCCUGCACCCUAUGAAUUAUUACCAAAUUAUUUUGUAAGAAAAGAUUUCAUUAUCAAAGCAUCAACGAUAAUGGCUGGAAAAGACAUUGCGCCGACUGAAGGUAUUCGUGAAGAUGGCAAUAACUUCGUAUUGGACACUAAUUAUACGAGGGAAAUUUAUGAAGGCAUUGAAGACUCGUCAUUGGCAUAUUUCCACGAGGAUAUUGGCUUAAACGCUUACUUCUUCUUAACUAAGCUUAAAAACAUGCCGUGGGUAGACACUGAGUUUCAGCGUAGCGUAAGGUACGGCGAACAUAUCUAUCACUUCAUCAGACAGCUAAUGGCAAGAUAUAAUUUAGAAAGGUACUCAAAUGAGUUAUAUGAAACGGAUGGAAUAAAUUGGGAUGACAUGGACGUAACUCAAUAUGAUCCAAUGCUUAUUUAUUCGAAUGGCAACGAAUUCAGUCCACGUACAGAAAAUACUAUGACUAAUAGUGAUGUCAUUACGACAUUAAAGAAUAUAGAAAAUAAUCUUGCUACUACGGUAUCACACAUGAGAGACGGUGGUUUCAACAAACCGACAAUUCUGAGUCACUUAAUGGAUAUUAUGGUAUUUAAUAACAAUAGCUACAUUAAUUUAGCCAUGAAGGUAGUUGGUGACACACCAGUAAACAGCCCUCCUUGUGCCCUUAAUCAUUACAUGACGAAGAUGCGCGAUCCUAUUUUCUGGAAGAUUAAUAAAAAGAUGGUUGAUCUCAUAAACAACGCAUUAAAAGUAUUGCCAGGUUAUACAAAAAACCAACUUUACUUCCCCGGAGUCCAAGUCACAAAUAUUGAUGCCAAAAAAAUGAUAACAUCCUUCGAGAAAUUUGAGUUUGACGUGACAGAUGCAUUGAAGUAUGGCGACAAAGAUCGUAACUUUCUAAUUAAAAUAAGUCAAUCUAGACUAAAUCAUAAGCCGUUUGCUAUUAAAGUCAAUAUUUCUUCAUUAGUUGUGCAAAAGGGACUUGUCAAAUUAUACUUAGGGCCAAAAGUGAUGCCGGGUGAAAUUACUGAACAUAAGAAGUUGUUUAUGUUGAUUGAUAGCUUUGAAAUAAAUUUGAAAAGAGGAAGUAAUAUUAUUACACGAUCAUCCAGUGAAAUCAACAAUUUAUCAGAUGACUUCGCGCCUUUGCGAACAGUGCACAAGAAUGUAAUUGACACAGAGUUUGGAGUAGAUGCAUUAUCUCUAAACUUAGUUAAGAAUCAGAUUGGAUUUCCUUCUCGACUUAUACUACCAAAGGGAAGUAGUGAUGGUUUACCUUUCCAAUUAUUCGUAUUUGUAGCCCCUUACGUCAAAGCUACUCCAGGAGGAACAAAAUCUAACAUUCAAUUGAACUAUGAUGCUAUUCUUUCUCCUGGAUAUCCAUUGGACUUGGAUAUAGAGAUUCAGGAGUUAUUUAAUCUUCCAAACGCAUUAGUGAAAGAUAUCAUUAUAACUCAUAAAAUCGAGAGUAAACCUAACUACAGCGCAGGUGGAGGUUACAACCGAGAAAGGAAGUGGGACACUGUUGACGAUAUGGAUUAUGAUAUUAUGUCCGACGAUCCUUUGUCCCUAGUAGCAAGACCUGAGUUUACUCAGAAAAAAGAUAAGUUUGACUACAAAUCACGCAAAGGGCAAUAUGGUAAAAAAGAUACUUCUUUUAUUGGAACACAGGAUACAAUUAGAACUGUACCAGAUAAAUCCCUCGAUACAAAAAAAGAUUUAGAGUUUAAUAAAAUUUACUCUAAAUCUGAUGAGAACAACGAUAACGUCGAAUAUACUGUUAUUACCAAAAAAGAUGAUAAUCUAGACUUAAACAAAGUCAUAACCAAAGAAAAGGUUAUAAAUAAGGGCGAUGAGGAUGAGGAUAUUUCAAACAUUAUCAUCUCAGAACUUGAUAAAACAAUACAAGAAAUUGAGAAAGAGAGCGAUUUAAAAGUAGAGCCGGUGAAUUUAUUAGAAUCGCCUAGAAGGAGAUAUCCCACUAUAUUUAACAUAAUUUUGAAGCCAUUGCCUAAGGAAAUUGAAUCUGAUGAAAGGGUAUAUGAAUAG